UUUCAAAAAUUAGUGAGAAAAUAUGAAAGGGUAUUAUGGUCACUUUGAUGUAUCUGUAAUGUUAAAACCGUGACAAUCUUAUUUCGAAAGAAGACCAUGUUUUGGCGGUCUCGAGUCUCAUAGGGGGGGAGCUUCCGUUCUUCGUAGGCUUGCGCCAACGCCAAGCGUUUUUUCCUUUUCCGGAAAAUUUUUGAGGGAAAGAUGGGAUUCCUCAGCAGUUUACUGGGAAUUACUGGCUUUGUAAUCGGAACUGUGAUCGGACUCGUAGUUGGGUUCUAUUUCCUCAUUUACUCUGAGCCCGAUGAAAUAGAGGAGCAUUUUCCUAGGCCACUUCAUGAACUGGAUACAGAUACUUUGCUGGAACUUCUACCUGAUAUUCCUUUAUGGGUAAAGAGCCCUGAUUAUGAGAGAGUAGACUGGUUAAACAAGUUUGUUAAAAUUAUGUGGCCUUACCUUGAUAAGCCAAUUUGUUGUAACAUAAGAAGCACUGCAGAACCUAUACUUGCAGAGUACAUUGGAAAGUUCCAGAUAGAAUCAAUUGAGUUUGAGCAACUAAGUCUUGGAACCAUUCCUCCGGUAAUUACUGGCGUCAAAGUCUAUGACACUAAUGAGAAAGAGUUACUAAUAGAACCAGCAGUUAGAUGGGCUGGAAAUCCAAAUAUAAUUUUGGUGAUCAAGUUGAUGUCUUUUCAAAUCAAAGUUCAGUUAGUGGAUUUACAAGUAUUUGUGUCACCAAGGAUAGCGCUGAAACCUCUCGUGCCUACCUUUCCAUGUUUUGCAAAUAUUGUGGUAUCUCUAAUGGAGAAGCCUCAGGUAGAUUUUGGAAUGAAGAUAAUGGGAGGGGACAUUAUGGCCAUACCUGGCCUUUAUCGAUAUAUUCAGGAGACUAUUAAAAAGCAAGUAGCAUGCCUCUACCACUGGCCCCAAACUCUAGAGAUACCUAUUCUUGAUUCUUCCACAGUGGCAAUAAAGAAGCCUGUGGGAAUAUUACAUGUGAAGGUUGUGAGGGCACAAAAGCUCCUGAAGAAGGAUUUCCUGGGUACAUCUGAUCCUUACGUUAAACUUAGCCUGACUGGAGAGAAACUGCCUGCAAGGAAAACCACCAUAAAGAAGAGAAACUUAAAUCCUGAAUGGAAUGAGAAUUUCAAGCUUAUUGUGAAGGACCCCCAAUCUCAAAUUCUUCAGCUACUAGUCUUCGACUGGGACAAGGUAGGGGCACACGACCGGUUAGGAAUGCAGUUGGUCCCCCUGAAAUUGCUUACACCAAGUGAGACGAAGGAGUUUAAUCUUGAUUUGCUGAAGAACACCAGUAUUACUAGUGAGCCUCAUGACAAGAAGCAAAGAGGGAAUAUAACGGUGGAGCUAACGUAUGUUCCUUUUAAAGAAGACAGCAUUAAGUUGGAUGGCUCCCUGGAUAAAAGAUACGAGAGAGUGGAAAGUGGAAUUGAUAAGUCAUCUGAUGAGGAGGUUCUGAGUGGAGCAGGCUUACUUUCAGUUAUGGUUCGAGGGGCUGAGGAUGUUGAGGGGGAACAUCACAACAAUCCUUAUGUUUUAGUGCUUUUUAGAGGAGAAGUGAAGAGGACAAAGAGGCUAAGGAAAACUCGUGAUCCCCUCUGGAACGAAGAAUUUCAGUUUAUGCUUGAGGAACCACCUUUGCAUGAUAAAAUCCUUAUUAAGGUUAUGAGCAAGACGCGAGGCAUUAACUUCCGACCCAAGGAAUCAUUAGGUCAUGUGGAAAUUAAUCUCAGUGAUGUUGUCAACAAUGGACGUAUCAACGAGAAAUACCAUCUAAUCAAUUCAAGGAAUGGAGUGAUACAUGUUGAGAUAACAUGGAACACUAUUUGAAGAAUUGGAUGAACAUGUAAUAUCUGCUAGAAGUUUUGACAUCUGGGAGAUGAGGAUACAUACCAAUUACUGGAAUAUUCACUACCUAAAAGACUGAAAUAGAAUGGGCAAGUCAAUCCCAUGUUGUUGUUGUGGUAAAUCCUCAUUGGCAUUUCAUUAUACUAUCAUUGUCAUUAGGAGAAAUUUAAGAGAGAGAUUUUUGUGUUGCAAUUCAAAUUAUAUCGAAUUGUAAAAUAAAAAUUAUUAGAUGAGGAUGAGAGAGCAGCCCUUAAUAUCUGUUUAGUGUAAUUUAGGUUGUAUAAUAUUUUUUUAUUAAAAAAUAUAAAUAUAUUUUUUUU